AUGGCUGCUUCAGCUCUGCCCCCGUCUGUACCGGCCACGCCUGCACCGCCCAUUGUACACAGGGCCGCGGCUGUAGUCGAGUGGAUCGAUCUCGAAGUCGAACCUCGAUGCUCUCGCUACCUCACUGGUCUGAAGCCCGCCUCUGUCACAUUCAGUCUACUCUACAGCGAACAGCAGCACGAGGCUGCUCUGUUCAUCCGGGUCUUGCUCCAGCAGUGGACCGAGAGAAAAACGGAAGAACAGGUGUAUAUUCUAAUUGAUCUGUCAAAUAUUAUACUGCUUAUGCAGGAUCUAGAGCACAGCAUCCCGGAGAAGAGUACAGCUGCCGUUCUCGACGGUCCCACAAUAUGCCUCCGCCUGGUGCUGCGCAGGCCUGUCAGCAUCGUCGGGUCCUCUGAUCUGGCCCUGCAAAGCUCUGAGCUUCUGGGUUCCCUGGAGCUACUAGCGCGCCAGACCAUCCUCGCUAUCCACAUCCCUCUGUCCCGCGUCUCAAACAUGGAAGCACUGCAGCAAAUCUGUCGGGCAAUAACGGGUGGGUCUCUCAGGCAGGACCGGAGGUCGAUUGAGGGUUUAUGCAGGGGUAAUGCUGUCACUAUAAUCGGGCGCCAGUGUAGAAGGCACUCUAUGGUGUACUACAAAUGGUAUAAGGGAAGAUGGUUCUUCAAUUAAUCUAUCUCAAGGCACGCUUUUGCCAAUUGCCUUUCUAUAGAGCCAGCAAUUGGCACUAGUCCCAACUAGGCUAGCGUACCUGGCGACUCACUGCCCUUCCAUUGAAUGGCCCAGGCCAGUGAGUCAGGGUGGCCAGCCAAGCCUCAUUCACUUGAGGCCCCUAUGGCCACUGCCACACGUGGUUCAGGCAUAAACUAUAUGUACGGUUGGAAGGAAUAUUCGAACAGCGAGUUCGAAUAUCUGCUGAUCUUUUGAUCUAUGUAGUACAGUGGCACCUUCCACCACCGAUCAUUACACUCAAACUAUCCUGUAGUAGCAUUAUUCAUUCCCCUU